AUGAAUGUCUACACUCUCAAGGAACUCGAAAAGUGUCUCCAUUCGGUCGCCGCCAUCAAUCAGAUGCAGGUCAAGGAGUACCUCCAAGCCCUUCAAGAUGAAAACCUCAUACGCGUCGAGAAGAUUGGAAGCGGCAAUUGGUACUGGUGCUUCACGUCCGACGCGAAGAAGGCCAAGGAAAGCAAGAUUGAAAGUCUCAAAGCGGAGGAGAGCAAGCUCUUGAACUCCAUCGCUGAUACCGAAAAGCAAAUCGAGGAUGAAACUGCUAAGCGUAACAUUGACGAAAUGCUCGACGACAACGGCUUGGACCGUAAAGCCCUACUGGAGGCUCACCAGGGUCUCGUGAAGGAGAUGGAGGCUCUUGAUAAGGAACUGUCAUGCUACAGUGACCACGACCCCGCUGACAUUCUACGCAAGGCUGAGGAAAUCAAGAAGUUUCGAAGUGCUGCCAUCAGAUGCACAGACAACAUCGAGACUCUGGAAUCAUUUAUCGGCCAAAUGCUUAAUGAUCGCAGUCAAGUUGCGAACCUCAUGGCGGCAUCGUGUGGUGAUGAAUACGUUGCUGGCGAGGGCCUGAAGGAUCUCUGCUUCCACGCAUAA